AUGCCAGCUAACAGUGAUUUACCGAGGAAACCAGGGAAAACAAUUAUGCAAUGGAUAUUAGCCAUACUAGUCAACACUACAAUGUUCACGUACGGACUACAAGCCGGUUGGAUCUCGCCCAUGACAAAAGUAUUGCAAUCAAAAACAUCGUCAGUAGUAGACCAACCAAUAUCUGACGCCAGUUUGACAUUGAUCGCAAGUACGAUGCCCUUAAUAGCGGUAUUGGGAGUACCUCUGUGCUCUUAUUUGGCAGAUAGAUACGGAAGGAGAGUAGGCGUUCUUGCAGUUGCCGUACCGCAAGCUUUAUGCUGGAUUAUCAAAAUAUUUACAACGAGUGUGCCUGGACUCCUCAUUGCCAGAAUAUUUGCUGGUAUAGCAGCUGGUGGCUGCUUCUGUAUCACCCCCAUGUACGUGAAAGAAAUAAGCCAGGAUAACAUAAGAGGUCUGCUGAUAUCUCUAAUGGGACUGAAUCAAAAUUUGGGAUUCCUCUUCAUGUAUACUAUGGGCGCAUUCCUGAAUUACUAUACGGUGCUAUGGAUUGUGGUGUGGUUGCCAUUGGUACUGAUAGUGUUACUUAUAAAGGUCCCUGAGUCGCCAGCUUAUCUAAUCAAAUUGGAGAAAUACGAGGCGGCUGCAUCUAACAUUGCUCUCCUUCGAGGUCGAAAGCCUGACGACAAAGAAGUUGUUUAUGAAAUUGACUGUAUGAAGAAUGAAGACACGUAUUUCAAAUCGCUGCCUGAUGUUUCCUUUAGCAGCAUUUUAAAAACCAAGCCAUGGCGAAAGGGUCUUUUGUUGCUCCUAUUGCUGAUUACUGUUCAGGCGGGAAAUGGAUGCUUUGCUAUAAUAACGUAUGCGUCCAGCAUACUUGUUGGAUCUGGAGUGACCCUCAGUCCUGAUAUACAGACACUCAGCAUACCAGCCGUGAUGAUCAUCGGCUCCGUUUUUUCUAUAGCGUGUGUCGAGAAAGUAGGAAGAAAGUUAUUAAUGUCAUCAACAUUUGGCAUAACAGUAGUAUCGUUCCUGUGUCUUGCCUCGAUAAUUCUCGUGCAGCACCAGGGCGGCAGCGUUCCGGGCUGGUUGUCCGUGAUGUCGAUAAUAGCUGCUGUAUGGGCAUACGCUGCGGGAGUCGCGCCAAUACCAUACGUCGUCAUGGCUGAAAUGUUCAAUUUCCAAAUACGAGCAAAGGUCUUGGGCUGUAUAGUGACAUAUGCGUGGUUUAUUUCCUUCGUACAGUUGUUUGCUUUCACACCGAUCUCAAAUGCACUGGGGGCGCACACCAUGUUCUACUGCUUUGCUGGAAUCAAUCUUCUUGGAGUUUUUGUUACCUUAGUACUUGUACCCGAAACAAAAGGAAAAACGGUUGAAGAAAUCACAUUGCUUUUGGCGCGAUAA